UAUAGGUUAUCGGGGUUUAUUUGGUGACAUUUACUUGUUUGCCUUUAUGUCUGAAAAAUGUCUUAUAUAUUCUUUAAUGCGUGAUUUGGUAUACACUUUGUUUAUGGAUAUACCUGAUAUUUUAUAGGCAUCAUGGAUAUGGUUUAAUUAAGAUGAUAGCAGGUAACUAGUGGCGAGGUAAGACGGUGACAGUGUGGGUUUGGUGAGGAAAAGUAGCCAACCUAAGUGAUGUCCAAUUUUGCUGAGGUGUUAUUGGUAUAGAUGGAUCAACUUUUAAACUUAAUACAAUAUGAUUCUUGGUAUUCAAUUACUAAUGAAAUGAAAGUAUAUUGUAAAGUUGUGUCAGGGAAAAACAGAUUCUUGGUAUUCAGUUAUUAAAGAAAUGUAAGUAUACUGGAAAGUUGUGUGUCAGGGAAAUACAAUGUUCCUCUUGUUUUCUCUCCUUGACGAGUUGAAGGGUAUGGUCCACAGUUGUUCACUUCACCUUAACCCUUUCAGUAGUGAGAUGCAUUUUUACCUUGAUUUUUGGGUAUGAUUAGAUGAUUUCUUUUACAUAAGGGAGAGUCUGUAAGGGUUGGAAGAUUAAUGGCCAGUCUUCACUAAUCACUUUUCUAAUCCCAACAUAUGUUUCUAAAGCUGUAUAAAAUUACCAUAUAGUAACCAGAAUGAAUAUGAAAGUGUGUCCUGCUAAAAAAGAUUCAUGAAGAUGUCUGUCACCUGUUAUGCCACUGUCACCUCUUUGCCUCCCGUCCACUUUUUUUUUUUCCAUUUUUUAAUCUUAAUGAAGCUGUAGAGCAUCUUUACAGUAUUUACCUUCCAGACAUAACUUUUUUUUGUUGUGCAUUUUAUUUCAGUGUAAUUUUUUUAAUUGAAAUCACUCUUUUGUGCCUCAAAAAUGCAAUUCUGUAUUCUUAAGUGUUUCUGGAUCUUAUCUCAGUACUACUUCCCUUUUGUCAGACAGUAAAAGAAUGUUGCUACCAUUUCCAAGCAUAUUCGUGUUUCUAGUCACUGUUUGAUGAGGAUUAUGUUAUGUUUCAAAAAAGUUCCAGAGAGAGAGAGAGAGAGAGAGAGAGAGAGAGAGAUGCAUUUAAGGAUACACAAAAAAGUGUCAUUGUCAUCAAUCAUUACAUACCAUCCAAGAUGCCUUCAGAUAAGAAACAAAGGAAGAAAAAAGAUGCACCUCCAGGACAGGCAGCUUGUGAGGCUCCUUCAACAUUGCCAAAGUGUAGACAACCAUCCAUGCCCAAGAUGGAAUUAUCUCCUCUAUCAAAAAUGCCAGCUGGCUUUGACAAAGAUGAUUUCUUAUUCAGUAAAUUGUACAAGAGUGUAGUUGUAGUGGGCGGACAAACUAUAAAUGAGGUGUUGCAAAUUAUUUUUCGGCAAAGAGCUGGAGAAAAUAUUUCCACCUACACAUUAAAUAAGUUGAUUACGCAGAUAAAACUCAGUAAGAAAAAGACAAACAGUGUUACAAACAAGAUACCCAGUAAGCUCUUAGAGGAAAAACUUCUUGCUAUUAAGAUUGAUGUAACUGGCGGAAUCUUUCUUUUACAGAAGGUGUUUUAUGAUGAAUACAAAAAACUAUCAAGUCACUGCCAGACACAGAUCCAGACUUUCCGGGAACUCAGAAAUUCUCUCAGCCACAACUACCCUCUCACCCACCAGGACUUUGAACCACACCAUGAAAAACUCAAAUAUUUAUUGGAGAAAAAUGAAGACAUUGGUAUUCUUCAGAAUGAAAUACAGGAAUUAGUGGAAAAGAAAAAGACUAAUGCAGAUAAAGAACUGGAUCAGAUUGAAAAGUACAUUGAUGAAAAGAAAAAAGAAUUAUAUGUUAUUAUUGAAAUAGAAAAACUAAAGAUAAUCCUUAAAGAUAUAUUAGAAAAUGUUGCUACAGAAUUUAAAGAAGAUUUAACACAAUGUAAAGAUAAGAUAGAUAAAAGCCUUACUGAUAUUAGCCAAGCCAAGGUGGAACAGUAUGAUCAGAAUACCUAUAAUUCAGAAGUGCAGAGGUAUAAGGAUGAUCCUGUACAUGAGUUAAUCACGAAGGCUCGAGAAGAACUGAGAGAGCAGUACAGAAGACUGAGGGUUGCUAAUCCCUGCCCCUGGAUGGUGACAGAUCAAGCUGAAAACUCUUCACUGGAUAAUUUUUACAUUGAUAGAAUUUACACUCCACUUAAAAUUGAGGGUCCUGGGACAGAAGUCUUUACUGAGAAACUGCUGGUUGCUGGUAAUGAUUUAGGGGAAGAAACAGCUAUGUCUUCUGCACUAGUGGUGUCUGGUCUUGCAGGUUCAGGGAAAUCUUCUCUAUGCCUUUACCUCCUCCAUCAUUGGGCAGAGGGCACAGAUGAAAUAAAAACACUGAAAGAUUAUAACAUGGUGAUUUUUGUGGAAAUGCGAACCAUAAAGUCUAAUUCUCUAGAAGAAUACUUGAAAACACAAAGAAUGAAGAAGUCCACUGCUGGCAUUUCCUCAGAUGACAUUGUUCAGCGAUUGAAUGACUUGAAAUUACUCUUCAUUGUUGAUGGCUAUGAUGAAGCCAAGAAAUCCUCUCGGCAAAUGGUGGAGGAGAUAUUUGCAAAGUUUCCAGAGCAACGCAUCCUCCUAACCACACGUGGAGAGUUCUGCAAUGAAGUGAAGAAAUCUGCUAGGAGGCAUCAUAUGGCUUAUCUUACUAUAGAAAUUUGUGGGUUUGAUGAGUCCAGAAUUCAAGAAUUCACUGAAAAGGUAUUUAAAGUAGUAAGAAACUAUUCAUAUUAUGCUCAGAAUCAAGCCUGUAGUGUAAGAGCCUGUGCCAACUUCCUAGAUUAUGUUCAGGGACGGGCCAAGAUUCUGGAGAAACUACUUGAGUUGCCCUUGACAUUGGCACUUAUGAUAUACAUGUGGAUAGACUGUCCAGCAAUCCUAAACAGAGUAACCACCGCCACAUCUCUCUAUUAUGAACUGUUUUGUUUGUACCAGAAGAAAUUAAAUGAUCGCCUUAAGGAUCCUUGCUCGGAUAAAACUCUUGAAAGCUUAAUGCUCCUUGUAGGAAAGAAAGCUUGGGAACUAUUAGUACAGGAAGAAUCAAUACUGUCAAAGCAAGAUGAAAAAGAAAUAGAGGAAGAAUGUAUAAAUAAAGGAUGCCCUAAGGAAGAGUUGAUGUCUGCAUUUCUUGUCUAUGAAUGUUAUGACACAGAUUCAGAAUGCAAUUAUGACUACUCAUUUAUGCACAAAACUCAGAUGGAGUAUCUCAGUGCAUAUUUUUUGGUGGAAGAAAGUGAAAAUGGAAGUCUGUACAAUGCCCAAGAACAAUUCCAUGGAUCUGGAUUUCAUCAAGUUAUUAUAUUUGUUGUUGGCCAUUUUGCUAGAAAAAAAAUUAUUGAACAAAAUUUGAAAGAUAUUUUUGUAUUGUUAGACAAUGCUGAUAUUGAUUCACUGGACUACAACUUCUGGUGGAGAUUGUUGACAGAGUCACUGAAAAAUGAAGCAUUUCUUAAGGAAAUUUGUACAAAUAGAUUGCCUUGUAGUGAAUGGAAACUUUCUGAAAAACAUGUUGUGUCUGGACUUCAGUUGCUGAUUACUUCUCCAGUAUAUACAGUAAAGAACCUUAUCAUUGAAAUAAAUGAUGUUGAUCCCUAUGAUGUCAAGGAUCUGUUGAGUAUCAUGGAGACACUGAAAAUAAAAUUUAAGAACCGAUAUACUAAAAAUAAUCCUAUCCUUACUGAGCUGUUUUUCUGGCAUCAUUUUCAAAGAAAAUGUAACAAGCCUUCUGACUACUUUCUUCGUGCCCUGUACCCAUGGGGCCAUCUAACAAAUUUUGUUGGAAGUGUUGGUGAACAGAAAGAAGGCUUUGAAGUGCUCAGAUACUGCUUUAAUGUCAAGAACCUGAGAGUUCGACUUGAUACGUGUGAUGCAGAAGUUUGCCUUGCCAACAGCUUAAAAAGAAUUGGCAAAGGUAUUAAGAAUUUGCGUGUGAUGCUGGCACUGGACCCAUCAGAGUGUGAUGCUGACAGCCUGGUGUGCCUUCCUAAUAACAAAUUUACGGGUAGCUUGGAAUUGACACUACCAAAUAUGACUGAUGAGAACAAGAAAUGGAUAGUGAAGGUGGUGGAAAAACUCGCUGGAGGAACAAGCUAUGGGUGUUCAAGAAUUAUGUUUGAGAAAAGCACCCUUUCCGUUUGUACUGUGCUGUACCUGAUGAUGGAGUUGCGUGAUAUGGUGCAUGAAAAGCUCACUGUCGAAAGCAUUCAUGAAUUAACACUUCAAGAACAGAUCGAACUGGAGAAACAGAUGAAAUCAACUCAUAUGGAAGUAAACUGGAUAGAUUGAUAGUCAUACAGCUAUUGGCAGUGGUGAUGACAUACAGGGUGUGCUGGUGUGGAACAUGUCAUCCCUUCUUUCCCUCACCAUGUGCCAUUCUCUGCGUGGCAUGACCUGCCUGCAACAUGAUGCCGUCCCUGGCUGCUGUGCCCAUACCAUGUGGGAGUGAGGUCAGGCCUCGGGCUUGGACGUGUGGACACUGGUAGUUCACCUUACUUUCUUUGUAUAGCUUUGUUUUAACUAUAUUUAUAUAUUACAACAUUUCAACAGCUGUGUGGUGAUGGUGCAACAUUGGCAACUGUGAUGGUAAUACCAAAUGUAAGGAGGAUGGAGCCUAAGUCCUCACUGUAAUAUUCACCACUAUUUUACUUUCUUUUAUUAAAUAUUAGAUAAAGUGCUUUGCUUAAACAAAACUUUAGAGUGGUCAGAAGAAUUUUUAAGUUGUGUACCAAUUAUUCAUAAAUUUUUAACAAUCA